AUGUUUACAUUAAGCUCAUCUAUUAGGUAUAAUAAGAACAGAUGUACUGAUCAGCAUCACUCCACAAAUAAUAUAAGGGAAGACUCAUCUCAGAUUGCUUCGCUUCCAUCCAAGGGUUGUACUGGUCUUAAUCGGGAUACACCAUCAACAUUGAUUGAAUCUCGGUCACCCUGUUCAUCCCUUCAGCGAACAGAGAUCACUCUUGACGUAAAUUCCGAUCACCUUUUACCAGACCACUUGAAUAGUGUAGCGUUAUGCACAAAUAAACCUCUUGAAGCUUUUCAAAGGAGUGAAAUGGAUUACGACAACUCUUUACAGAACUCUAUUACACAUGUGUUGAAUAGCUUGGUUCAAAAGAAUAUUCAGCGGAUGGGGAACUCGGGAAGCUUUCAGAAUACAGUAGUGUUGCCCACGGCAGUGAGUCCCUCAUCGGACGCAUACACUGCUUUUGAACGGGAGCUUCUAGAGGAAAUUAAUCGUUUACGCCGUGAUCCGGCCUCUUAUGCAGCACUAGUUGAAAAUGAGGCUACAUUGGGUUACCCUUUCAUCUAUAUAGACGACGAGUAUUACGCUACUGAUGGAGCGGCGAGCAAAGCACAUGAGUAUCAUCCCCAUUCUUUAUUGGAAGCGGUGGCCCGUGUGACCAAGAUUACAUGCCCUUCCGGGCGUGAGGAUAUUUCUUUGUUUUUGAUGCCCCGAAACAGUCCAGACCCACAAGCAAAUCACCAAUCCAAUGAAAACAUUGUUGCCCAGUCAAGAAAUCAGAAAAUAAGGUCGAGCUUACUGGUACAACAGGGCCCACCUUCCGUGAGCGGUGCAUCUUGCUUUGGAUCUGAGCCUCUCUCCGUUCGUUCAUCAAGUAAAGGUCGGGGUCGUUCAGGGCGGAGUUCCGCCAUGGCACAACACCGUUUUAAUAAAUCGAAUACAUCGACGACCAACCAAGGUUCUCAUGUAAAUAAUGCAUAUUCUGGUGCUGCUAGUUCUACAGGAAGCCCUCAACAAUUGGGUUUGCAGUCAACCAGUGAGGUGACUAUAAUUCCUUCCACCUUAAAAAAACAAGGUCUUACUGAGAUGACAUUAGAACAGCUUGGAACACACCUUCGCCGACAUCAGUUGCAUCGUAUUGCACUGGAGAAGGCAGCGGAAGAUAUUUUAAUACGGUGGCAUUUGGCCCAACUCACAUUACUGGACAUCACGAAUGUAGAUGACGAUAGGGUUAAUAAGAAGGUUGGUAAAGGUCAGCAUGCCACUAGCAAGGAAGGCAUGGCAGCGUGUACGCCGUCAUUGCGCACAAUGGCUUUACCGCAAACAGGACCCUAUCGCAAAACUCAUGAGCGUACCACGAAUGUGGAAGGGGCUCAUCAGCAGCGCCUUGAGGCGGCUGAGAAGCUAAGGUCCAUUUUUGCGGCACACCUUCGCACAAUUCUGGAAAAGCUUUGUGUGGAGAAUCUGAUUUGUAAACGGUCGAUGGAUGGCGCCAACCUUAUUUUGGAGUGUGUGCAAGCACUUAGAAAAGUUUCUCCAGUCCAACCGUUGCUUCCUAGGAGGGGUCUUCAUCUAGCAGCACGUAAUGUCAGCCUUUUUCAUCACGCUAUCGGUGACUGUGUGUCCAAAGCGCCAACAUCCAGCUCACCAAACAUGUUAUUGACUUCCUCCUCAGAAAAUCUACGAAAUGGGAGGGAGGUACAGUUUCUACCCUUUCUAUCAAAUCUACAAGACAAUUCUCCAAUCGCAAUUCAAGAGGACGGUAGUGCAAAUCCCAUUCACAUCCUUAAGGAAUGGGUGAAGAGUCUGAAAAAUCAGGCCACAAACUUUUUUAAUGCCAACACGCAUCUUUUCGUUCACCAGCUUUCUAUAGAAGCGAUAUCCAAAGGCAUCAAUUGCAUCGCUCGCAUGACCCAUGAGACAUGUGGUAAGUACGGCCAGGUUGCCAAUCAGCUACGAGGGGUCCAACUCUAUGGAUCGGGUAAGCCCAGAGAGGUGAUAAUUCGUGCAAUUAUGGGCGUAUUUAUCCCGCAGUUUGUUCUUCAUGGAAAUCACUUUCCUGAAACUGUGAAACGAAAUGAGAUGGAGGCUAUCAGUCGUUUUCUUACUGAUCGUGAGAUUUUACGUCUUUUCAAAUUUAGUGUCUUUAGCAGUACCUUUCAACAGAGUGAAAUCGACGGUGGAACAGCUCUGGGGACAGAUCCCAUCUUGGAUAGGACCAAUGGUACAACAGAGUGCACAGGAAUUAUGCUAUGCGGUAUGUAUCAUCCCACGACAGUAGGUGCCCUUGUUCAGCGUUUUCUUGAACAAGAUUCGGGUUCGACAUCUCAAGGUAAAAGAGUGGUUGCUGCUACACAUCGCCUUGGUCCGCUUCUGUGGCGUGAUGCACGUGUGGUGGGGAUUGGUUGGCAGCGCGCUUGCCGCCCACUGACGUACGAUAAGUCCGACAAACGUAGUUUAAAUAUAGGGGAUCUUGACGAAAAGGAUCGGACCCCGAAUGGUAACUACGUCUGUACGACCAUAGUUCUUGCUACUGAGUAUGAGGAGCUGGAGUUGAUUGCAAUGAAUAAACAUGCGUCCUUAGAUGAAGUGAAUCGAAUUGUGCAGCAGUGCCAGGAGGUAAAAAUUGUGAAGCCCGAAAAUAUUCCUCUCCCCAUCCUGACAGGUAAUUCAGCGCCAAUUGAAGGGUUUAGGGCCAUCAAGGAUUCCAGCCAGCUCAUCAGAAGCACUACUUUCGCCGAACUACCGGUGAUGGUGGAUCUGCAUUCGAACCUUGGCGUCCAAGUCGUGUAUCCACAGUGUCACCCCCUUGUCUUUGAAGCCGAUUUCAACACUUCCCGACACUCAGGAGUGGCUGUUGUGGUUCUACGCGCGGAUAGGAGGAGUGUGAAUGUACGGGCCUGUCUGUCUACUUCUUCCACCUUCAAUUCUUCCUCGGGUUUAUUCUCUCAACUAGAGAUGCAGGCCUCGCCCGAAAUUUUAGUACAACGCAGUGUGGCAGACCGUGAUGUGGUUUUAAUCAUGAUUGACACCAUGUCUGUUACCAGUGAGCUUCUGCAAGCGAUACAAGUACCGGAUUCUGAUUCCUAUACUGCCGUUUCACCCCCUCAAGAGGACAAGGUUUGUUUUCUACGCAUCUUCGAGAAGUCGAUCAAAGUGGGCGAUGCGUCCCAUGAUAAGGCUAAAGACGCAGUGAUGGGGUACACAUGUAUCGGCUUUAUUCGAUUAGUGUUUCAGACGAGGGCCACGGUGCUUGACUGCGAUAAAAUGAUGCAUUCUAACAAACAGAAGUUGUUGGUUUCCCCAGACACAAGAUUGCAGCACACGACGUGUGCUGAGGCUCGAGGAAGUGCUGCUCAAGCGGCAUUCGGCAUGCGUUUAACAGAAGUCAGGACUACCGGCGCUAGGAAAGUCUCGAGUCCGCACAGCGAACAAACACUCCUGGGAAGCAAAGCUUCUGUGGCUUGUGGUGCUUUUUUUUUGCCCCAACUCUAUGAAGUCUUCUUGGAUCACCUUGAUUUUAGUGCUAGGGCUUCUCCGUUAGAAUGUUCUAAUGACGGUCUCCUCACAUUUAGUAGUUGUAGAGAUGCGUCACAGGUUGCAGUCGCUGGAACGAGUGGUGGGUGGCCCGACAUUUCAGCUGAGUUCACUGACCGCGGUGGGUGCAUUCUUUCACCUCUCGUUUCUGUUCUUCCUUUUGAUUCCAGUAACACCCCAGUGCGAUUUGCGAUAUAUUUGCCUGGUGAUUAUCAAAUCAGCGGAAUAGCAUCACAGCAGAAAGAAGCACUGCUGGCACUCCUCUACUCCCUUGAAGAGAUUGAGGCCGCUGAGGCGUUGAAGGAGAGUACUGAUAUCGCGUUGAUGCAGGAGGAGGCACAAAACCAAGGAGAUACGUUAUGUGGGUCUGAUGCAGAGUCUAAAGAAAAACUUGCAAAUUUAUCUGGGGAGGGAAGUUUACGUGGAGAAGACAAUGUACAUCUGACAGCCGGGACUGAAAAUCAGGUGGAUGAACCUGUUUCAACGAAUGCAUGUGUGAAUGCGGACGGCGACGGAGCCUGUGCCCACAGUUCUUCCUUUGCCACUGAAACAGCCCACCAAAAAGAAGGUCUUUCUCGUCCCAAGAAGAUUGCUGGGAAAAGUAAUGUUGACGAAAGCGGCAGCAGUCCAGGUGGCAACAAGCGCUCCAGAAAAUCAAAGUCACCAGAUAAAAAGCUAAGGGGAUCUCAGAAUCUGAAGGGCGAGCAGAAGCUUUCGAAGACGCAUCUUGGCAGCAAUGGUAACUUAAGUGGACUCAAACAGGGCUCACCCCGGGAAACCAUUAGUCCUUCUGUCACGAAGUUCCAAGACUCGUCACUUAGCUUCUUUGAAGAUGGAAAUCUCGAUCUCAUUCGCUUGUUUGAUUCUCCUCAGUUUAGCCUUUCGAGUGUGUGUCCUAAGGACAAAGGCGUACCUUUGGCUUUAUCCCACGACGUUCUGAUGUCAAUUAGCAUUGCCCGAUUGCGUAAUCUGGUGGAUGAGCAGAUUCGUUUAUCAAGCAAGCGACGUGAGCUAUUGAUUCGAGUUGAGUACAUCCUUUGCGACGAGCUUCAGCGUUUGGAGGCGGAAAUACCCAAACGAAAAGGACGUGACCUGAUUAAAUUGAAGCGCGAUGAAGAAGAUAUCAAUAAUCAGUUAGACCAGAUGCGUGAAAUUGUUCAAAAGCAUGAAGCAGAGGCACAAUACUCCAAGGAAAUUCUUACACGGCGGACUCGAGACCGAACACUACGACGCACACGUUUGAGACGUGUGAAAGGGCACCUGAGUUCUCUUUUCGGAUUAAAAUAUGCCGUAGGCGAUAAUCCAGGCGGCAAUCCUAAUUCACUUCGGAUAGCCGAUGUAGGUGAGCCCUCUUCAUCGAUCUCAUCGCCUUGCGACGUUGUCGUUUGGUUUGUCCCGAAAGACAGUGUGCCCCACGUCCUACAGGUUGCGUCGCGAGCUUCCCCGGUCACAAUGGCCCCUAUGGAGGUGCCAUGUGCUCGUAACCCCUCAAUAAUCCAAGCCCCUAUUACUUCCAGUCCUAAUAACCUAGUUCAACUGACCCCGGUGGCGCUACCGGGCUACCCUCAGUCCUACCGUUACGAGGCCACGGUACAGGUUCCCCGUUCAUUGCGCGGGUAUGCGGUGCUUCUCGUGAAUGGGUAUGAAUGUGCGUAUUGGAAGGUGUAA